CAGAACGCUCCGGUAGCCAGUGUUGAGUGAGACGUUGAGGAAGGUGUUCUAUACCGUCCCUCGUGGUGGCUCCAGCGCCACUCCACUGCCAAGAGACUCAUUUAUGAGGAUACUUAACCUGUGAGGCGACCCGCUAGUGGUGCAAGGCUGCCGGGGCCUUCUAUGUGUCGUUUUGUGCAAUUCGGGUGUUUUCAGUUAGUGUGAGCGGGUGUGUCUCUGACCCGCAGCUCAGCGCCGCAGCGAACGCCCACGCGCCCGCCGCCAGCACACCCGCUCUUCAGAGACCUUACAACGUUUGAGGCUUAAAGACACUAAGUUCCUAAUCAGGAGGAAGAACCAAGAAGAGUAAGCCCCAAGAUGAGUGACGGGGUAGUAAAGCAGGAGCCGGCGGCAGCUCAUGGCAUGAACGGCACAGCGACACAGGAGGAGGAGGUGCGGCUCAUGACUGAGGAGGAGCUCGAACGCGAGAAGAUGAGACCUCCGGACAUCGACCAGGACAUGAAGGAAAUGGAGCGCCGGAAACGAGUGGAAGCGAUAAUGAACUCAACGAUAUUCCGCGAGGAGCUCGAAAAGAUCGUGGAGACGCAGAUCUCGGAGGGGUACUCGGGCGUGCAGGCCAUCCAGAACAUCUCCGAGAUGAUGGGCUUCCCCACCACCCGCGUCGGUGUCUUCAAAGGUAGUAAUUGUGUUAUUCCUAUCAAUGACAUUCGUGGGAUGGAGAGCCUGAGCUUUGCUAAAGGAGAGAAGCUACUACGUUGCAAGCUGGCUGCUAUUUACAGACUUAUUGACAUGCAUGGCUGGACACAGAGCAUUUAUAACCAUUGCACUGCCCGACUAAGCCAGGACACGGAACACUUCUUGCUGAACCCCUUUGGCAUGCUUUAUCAUGAGGUGACAGCAGCCUCUCUGGUGAAGGUGGACAUGCAGGGCAAUGUGGUGGACAGUGGUGCAACCAAUUUUGGUGUCAAUGUUGCAGGCUUCAUGUUGCACUCGGCCAUCCAUGCUGCCAGGCCAGAUUUAAAGUGUGUCAUUCAUUUACAUCAUCCAGCUGUUGUUGCGGUCUCGGCCCUGAAGCAAGGUCUGAUGCCACUGUCACAGGAAGCAUUGUUGAUUGGUGAGGUGUCUUAUCAUGACUACCAAGGCAUCUUUGUUAAUGCUGAAGAGAAAGAGAAGCUUGCACGAAACCUCGGACCUGUUAACAAGAUUCUGUUGCUCCGCAAUCAUGGUGUUGUGUGUUGUGGAGAGACAGUUGAGGAAGCUUGGUAUAAUACAUACCACACAGUCCUUGCCUGUGAGACACAGAUGCGCAUGGCACCUCUGGGUCUUGACAACCUUGUAGUUGUGUCAGAUGAAGCAAGGCAAGCAGCUUAUGAAGUAGCUCGACGAGGAGGAGGAGGGGUCGAUAGCAAACAGGAAGGGGGCCCAGCUGCUCAGGGUCAGAAGGAGCGCAAAUGGAAAGUUGGUGAACUGGAGUUUGAAGCUCUUAUGAGAUCUCUGGAUAAUGCUGGUCUUAGAACAGGGUACAUCUACCGACGACCAUUGGUAAAGCAGGAAACAGCAAGAGUGCAAAGCGAUGUGGCUCUCCCCCCCACAGCCUCCAACUAUACACACCUCUUUGAUGAGGAUGACAUUUCAAGGAGUCCGCUGAAGCGCAUCCUGGACGGGCGCAAGACUCAGGACAAGACCCGGUGGCUAAACUCACCCAAUGUCUACCAGAAGGUGGAAGUACUGGAGACAGGCACUCCGGAUCCCAAGAAGAUCACCAAGUGGGUGGCAGAUGGGUCCCCCACACACUCUACUUCGACUCCUGUCAAAGUGGAAUCUGCUCUCCAGUUUGUUCCAACCAAUACAAACCCUAAGGAGUUCAAGACGAUCCAGAAGAUGAUCAAAGAGAACCGCCGUGUUGGCAGCAUCACAUCUGGACCAACUUCCCACCUGUUGGAAGGUGUGACCUGGGAUGAAGCUCGUCGCAUGCAAGAUGCCAGCAUGUCAGGCGCCUCUGACCAUGUCAUCCUGGUUGGAGCUGCUUCCAAGGGAAUCAUCCAGCGGGACUUCCAGCACAAUGCUGUUGUGUACAAAACACCAUAUGCAAAAAAUCCCUUCGAUAGUGUGACUGAUAAGGAGCUCGAUGAAUAUCGCGAGCUUGUGGAACGCAAGCAGCGAGGAGACCCAAUUGAAGAGAUUGAGAUCGAGAAGAUGAACAUCAUGCCAGAGCGAGCAACUGUAGAUGUAGUGGAUGACUCUGUUCAAGACUCCAUCCUGAACACCACUGCUCCCACCAGUCCUACCUCGGACCAGGAAGCCUCCAGUGGUCGGGUGUUGAAGGUGGAAACAAAACAGGCACCAAGAGCAAGCAAAGCACAGUCUGUCGUCCUGAGCGAUGAUGGCUCCCCCAUAGCAGAUCCGCAGCCCCCUCCAGUCGCAGGGGGUGACGUCUGGGGCCAGGGGGAGGUGACACCCCCUCCCUCUGGUCCUGCCACCUUGUCCCGCUCCCCCACUGUCCAGGCGGGUGAGGGUCAGCUGACCCCCCGCACCAACUCCCUCACCCGUGGGAUUCAGAAGAUGCUGAAGGCAGCAUCACGGUCCAAGGAAGAUGGCAUGAAGGCACGGGAACCGAGCCCCACUCUGGAGCGUUCCAAGUCUGCAUUCUAUAAGAGCGAAGUGGCGAAUGAGAAGCGCUCAGCACUCCAGCGCCGUUCUUGGUCUCUGUCUCGUAAAGGGGAGACAGUAGCCAAUGGUGAUGAUACAGAGGCACACCACAGCACUCUCUCGCAAAGCAGUAAAGAGGGCUCUCCAACCAAGGACACCUCCCUAACAGAUGACUCCAUCUCCAAGGACAAGAAGAAGAAGAAGAAGGGCCUGCGCACCCCAAGCUUCCUGAAGAAGAAGAAGGACAAGAAGAAGGAGAAGGAGGCUGCCCACCACUAGUGCCCCAAGUCCCCAUUUCCUUCAUAGACUCCCGUCUCUGGUAGACCAAUGCUGACACUGCCAGAAUCUGUAGAUAGCAAAGAGGAAUAUAUUGUGGGAGCCCCUUCAUGGUGCUGGCGAGAGGCGUGCUGCUGACAUUGUUCAUCGGAUCCAAGACUUGUCAACCUAAAUUCCCUGUCAGCCUAUCAUUUCUGUGUUCUCCCUUUCUUUUCAUUCAGUUUUACAGAUAAGGCAGUGUUAGUGAUGAAAGCUAUACUUUAUUGUGUAAUUUUUAGUGGUACUAUUUGUAGUAUGUAGAUUUUCACCAAAACAGUUUUAGGUUUCAAGAUGAAGCUAAAAAAAUUAAUAGCUUUGUGAUGAUGAAAUUUUGAAUAUUUUAUUGAUAUCUGUUAGGCUCUCUAUAUGAUUUGGAUCCUUUUGUUAAUCCCAGGUUAUUGUAGCUGGUCAACUUCAGCUUUCAUUAGAGUGCCUCAAGUCAAGUUUUAGAUGCUGAUGAACACCUUCAUGUCAAUGCUUGAUGCGAGUGAUAGUGUGUGCAUGGAUGUGUGAAACUUGCUAUCAUGCAGAAGUUAAAAUGCAGACAAACAGUACACCAGUGAUGUAUGUAAUGUCUUGGUUGUUUCAUAAUGAUACCCACCUGCUCUAAAAGGCAUAGUCCCCAGGCCAGCUUGUGCCAACUCAUACAUCAUUUAGUAAUGUACAAUCAUAAGUGAUUUUACAGUCUUGGCACAACCUGACUAGCAGACUAAGAAGGGUUAUUUAACUAUGAUCCAUUUUAUUUCUUCAUGCGAAUGAAUGAGUGCAACACCAGCCCAUUCUCCUUUUACUAUCGUCCUUCCACGGAUAGUUGUCGGAUCAGCGGUCUCUCAUCUCACCCCACCAAGUCUCACCAUUUGCACCAAAUGGUUCACAAGAUGAAAGAGAGACUAGUAGAUGGCUCUUUUGAUCUUUCCAACCCUAAUUUUGUUCCAUUCAAGCCCUCACAUAAGGAGGGUACAUGGAAGUGAAAAACCUUCUGCUUUUUUUUUUUUACGAGUCUGACCUCAACUAUUAGGAAUGGAAGGACCACAGUAUCUGCUGGGGAUGCUCUCCUGUCAGUUGUCAUUUCUGUCCCUCAUCAGUAUCAGAAGACUUGCUCUCCUGGUCUGUGGUAUCUUCACUCUUCCUGUUAAACCUUGAACUUGUGUCCAGAAAAGAAAUUAUUUGUUGAUACCGAUAGCUGUGACUGGUCAAUUGCUUGGGUCACCAUUUGCGUCAUCCAGCUGAUUUGCCUGUGUCAUGUCUUUAUUUUAUAUAAUACGCCUUGAGCACCUGUGCUCAGAAGACAUUCUCUCAAUGGCUGUAAAAUUGUAGGGAAGCGACUUUGUCACUGACAUGAAAUUUGACAUUCAGCUGGAGAUGCUGGUGGUUGUUGUAGGACCACUUUUAUCUUCUCCUGCUGCUAGAAGGUGGAUUGUUUUAUUAGCUACACAUUCAUUUUUUAAUCACAGCUUAGCACUGUUUUAUAUACAUCUGUAUUAUAGCAACUGAAUAAAUCAUUAUUAUAAUUAUUAUUAUAUGAAUAUGCAGGCAGCUGAUUUUAGCUUGUUUUGGAAAGAAAAUAAAAUGUCCCAACUCCACAAA